AUGGUUGUGAAUCUCCGAGGCCAUUAUGCUACUCUGGGAGAGACACUUCUGCAGAAGACCAACGUGAAAAUCAAAGAGCUUGCUAUGGAUAUCCAUGGCGGCAAGGCGUUCGCUCUCAUCAUGGAAGAUAAGACGGUUAAGUUUGAGACCAGUGGAGAGGACUCCAACUGGGAUGUUGCUUUCAAGGAGUAUGUGACGGUCAAUUUUGGUUUGCGAUGGGCCUAA